AUGCAGGAGGCAGUUGAGCAACUGUAUUGGCUGAACACACACUACUUCGAGAGUCACGACGUGGAGAGUGCGGAGAGAAAGGAUAGCGACGUGCGGGAGAAGAUGAAAGAGACUCUCUCUCUCUUAGACACACUGCAAGACCUGCUGCCAAGGGAGCAGUUUGCGUACCUGAGAGGACGGACGCUGAACGUCGUCCCAGAGCACAGCCCUGAGGCAGAGACACUCCUGGUGUCGGCAGUCAAGAGAGACCCGACUCUGGCCGGGGCCUGGGUCUGUGCCGGGGAGAGCUACUGGAAGAAAGGAAACAUACAACAGGCCCACGACUGCUUCACCUCUUCCAUCACCCACGCCAAAACAAAGGAAGCUCUGCGGUCUCUGUCAAUGGUCCUGCGACAGAUGGGCACUACCCCGGCAGAGCGAGGGGAGAGGGUGAGAGAGAGUGUUGAGAGGGCAAAAGAGGCUGUGGCUGAAGACGUCAAGGACGGAACUUCGUGGAUGAUAUUGGGAAAUGCCUACUUGUCGCAGUUUUUCACCACAAGCUCAGAGCCCAAGCUACUUAAACAGAGCAUGUCAGCCUACCAUCAAGCAGAGAGGGACAGCGGAGUGGCCAACAACCCAGAUCUCCACUUCAACAUGGCAUCGCUGUGUCUCUAUGAGGAGAACUACGAUGACGCUCUGACUGGAUUCAGGAGGGCCUCGGCCCUGGACCCUGGCUGGGACGCCCCGACACUCAAGAUCACAGAGACAACCGCCUUCCUACAGGCCAUGACCCACAGCCUCUCAGCUAAAGGGAAGAUGAAGCCGAAGAAGGCGGCCUCUCUCUCUGCCUCUCUCUCGACUCCCGACAAGUUCACCGGUCCCCUCUCGCAGUCAAAGACUCUUGUCUCUGUCAGCGACCUGAGACCAGGAGGCAACCCAGGAGCAGUGUUUGUGGGCGGAGUUUCAGCCGUUGUUCCUACAGCAAGUCGAGUCCCAUAUGCCUGUGCCCUGGUAGACGGCUCUGGGUCACACGUUGGACUAACCGUCUACAAUCUGGCAGACUCCGCCCACUUUAAUAUCGGUGACAUCAUCACAAUUCCCGACCCUCACUUCAAGAAAGUCCAGCUGGACGCUGACAAGGUAGAUUUCUGCAGUGUCCGGUGCACAGAACCACACCGUCUGCUGGUCAACGCCGAAAAACUGUCAACCGACAAACUGGCCUUAAACAGGAGCACACACAAAAUGGAGCACGUGUCUGGGCUAGCAGGGAGGUUCCAGCUUGGCAAAGCCGUCUCGUCAAGAGCAGCGGAGUUGUACCGGCUGGCGGAGGUGAAGGGGGUGCUGGGAGUGAGGGGGGUGACCUCGGCAGGUCUGGCUCUCGCCUGUCUGGAGGUCUCCGCGGGCCAGCUGGGAGAGACCUUUGACAAGACGCAGGCACAGAAGAUGUCGGGCCUCCCGCAGCGAGCCUACGCCAGCGUCGUCCGGAGCGUGGGGAAGAUCCUGAACCUUACGACCUCCGUGAGUCUCCGAGAGCUGGCCGUUAGGUUUGGUGCCCUCGAGGCCGAGCAGUUGGCCAUAGACACUCUCAGGAACUACAGAGAUAAGACGGAGUCCAUGUACAGUGAGACGCAGAAGGAGUGGCUGGACCUGACGGAACCUCUGUAUGCAGCUGCCGCCCUCUACGCUGCCUGCAGGGCAAUGAAGUUUCGUAGCGACAGAUCAGAGUUCCAGUCAGUGGCCAACUGUCCCAGCAGAGCAGUCUUCCAGAGUGUCCUCGACCAAAUGAAGGAUUGCGUCCCUAAGAUAGAGGUGGCAGCAGGUGGAAAGAAAACCAGAAAGAGGAAGGAAGGAGAUAAGGCAGCAGAUGCCACUGGACCAACUCAACAAAAAGAACAGCCUGAGACGAGAGAGGAGGGGGUCUCGUCACGGCAAGACGGCAGGGGGUCGAGAAGGUUGGCAAGGUCAAAGUUCACGAGGGAGAGCCUGUGGAGUAGAAUGGUCAGUUGUCCAGAGAGCAAGGACUACCUGCAGUGGAAGGAGGCCAUUCUGACUGCUGCCAGAGCCAGGAUUUCCCAGUAAUCCCUCAGGAAACUGACCAGUACAUUCUCAGGAAACUGGCUCAGUAAUCUCUCAGGAAACUAGCCAGUAAAUUCUCUCUGGAAACUGGCAGUAAACUCUCAAUGAUCUUUCAGGAAAUUGGACUCGGCAUAAUAUUGUCAUCUUCACAAAUCGCAUAUUUAUGCACCCAAUGAAGUUUUUUGCCAUCAUAUUAUUUUUAACUG